AUGUCAUCUAGCUGCCUUGGUAGACCCUUACUGUACUUGAAUUUGUCUUCAAAAGGCAUCUAGCUGCCUUGGUAGACCCUUACCAUACUAGGAUUUGCCUUCAAAUUUCCUGUGUCCCACGUCACUGCCCCUUACUAGAAGACAAGUUUCUGGAAAUUGGGGCCAGUGUCUUUUGGAUGUCUAGCACAGCACACUGUCAUCAGAGCCUCUUUCAAUGUUUGUUGAGCAACUGAAUUAGGACCUUUAGAAUUUGAUUUAUAGAUUAAUAGAAUUUAGAUUAGAAUUAUAAUCUAGAAUUGGACUGUCUUCCUGGAUGGUUGGGGAGGUCAUGUUGGAAAGGAGACUGAGUCUUUUUUUGAAGGCUAAUCCUAUUCCAAUUAGUUUCUCCUUGUUAAAGGGGACCUGCUUAAGGCAUCUGCUAUGGUGUUGAUGAAGGAUAAUUCAUCUAGGGCUCUCUCUGGGCAUAGAGGCUGUGCUGACCACAAGCCAUAGGAGCAGUGAUGGAAUGAUCCUUGGUGACAUUUUCAGGAAGGCAGAAAUCUUCAAAGAGGCGUCACCCUGUAAAGGACUGUGCUGAUCCCCUCUGAUAAAGGACUCACUGCCAUCACCCUUUGACAGACACAUCCCUGACAAAAGAGAACCUUUUAAUGCAAAUUCCACCUGCCUGUCUCUUGACUAAGUGCCAUUGGGGCUCUUGUCAUUCUGGACUGAUUUUUUGUGACUGAAUGUAGCACCUAUAUAAUAAAUUCUCACAGAGGGGGCAGCUAGGUGGCUCAGUGGAUUGAGAGCCAGGUCUAGGGACAGGAGAUUCUGGGUUCAAAUCUAGAUUCAUACACUUCCUAGCUGUGGGACCCUGGACAAGUCACUUAACCCCCAUUGCUGUGCCCUUACUACUCUUCUGCCUUGGAAUCAAUACACAGUGUUGAUUCUAAGAUGGGAGAUAAGGGUUUUAAAAAAUCCUCACUAUUUUCUUGGUAAAAAAAGGCAUAAACAAGUCAGACUAAGAUAUCAGAUCAUUGGGGCUGAGUGUAAAGGGAACUGGGCUUGGAAUCAAUCCAUUGUCAUGUCACUCACUACAUGUGUGGUCUUGGGCAAGUCAUUCUCUCUCUCCUGAACUUCAGUUUCUUCUUGGUCAAAUCUAAUAGGACUCAUAAGGACUAAUAAUGAAUCUUACUUAAGAGGAGCUAAAGUGGAAGACCCAUUGCCACUAGUUAGUUGUGUGAUUUGAGCCAGGCAAUUUCAUCCCUGUGAGUCUUCCUUUCCUUUCAGUAAAAUGGACAUAGUGGAAAGUGAACAGAAUUUUAAAUCAGAAUUUAACUCAGUUCAAUCCAGCUUUGCUACUUAUUGAUUCAGGUUUCUGAGAAUCAAUCCCUUAUUACUGAAGGAGAGAUAGUAAUACUGUAUAUUCUGCUGCCCUGGGACAGAGGAGAAAGUACCAUCUCUAAGAGUCAGAGGACCCAACUUCAUAUUCUGUCCCACAAUGAUUCCCUGUGUGACUUUGGACUAGUUAUUGAACCUCUCUGUUUUUUAAAAAUAUGGAAAAUGAGAAUUUUAAUUUUUUCAAAUUUAAAUUAUGUAAAAUUUAAAAUAUGUAAAGUGAGUAGUUUGGCCUUCUGAGGUCUCUUAGUGGGGAUUCUAAAUGUCAUGCUUUGAUUCUUUGUAACAUCCUUUUUCUUCCCCACAGAGAACUCUCCUUGCCUUGAUGGAGGAAAAUGGCACCUCGGUGAAGGAGUUUGUCCUAAUGGGGUUCACUGUGGGGGCUAAGCUUCAGAUGGUUCUCUUCUUGACCUUUCUGGCCCUGUACCUCAUCACCAUGGGUGGCAAUCUGGGUAUGAUCUUUCUAAUUCAGAGUAGCAUUCAUCUCCAGACUCCCAUGUACUUCUUCCUUAGCCACCUGUCCUUCUUGGAUGUGUGCUAUUCUUCUGUAAUUAUCCCCCAGAUGCUUGAGACCCUGAGGCCUGGUGGGGCCACCAUUGCCUAUGAGCGCUGUGCCACUCAGUUCUUCUUCUUCACCCUUUAUGCCAGCACCGAGUGCUUCUUGCUGGCUGUGAUGGCCUAUGACCGCUAUGUAGCAGUUUGUAAUCCCCUCCUUUAUGUCACAGCCAUGACGCCCCAAACUCGGGUUGGGCUGGUGAUGGGGGCCUAUUCUGGGGCCAUGGUCAACACCGUGAUCCGCACAGGUCUCACCUUCUCAAUUUCUUUCUGCAAAUCUAAUCAUGUGAACUUCUUCUUCUGUGACUUACCUCCCCUGCUGAAGCUCUCAUGCAUGGAAACGGGGCCCCGGGAGCUGGUCAUUUACCUCCUUGCCUUCACAGUGAUCACGACCAGCAUAAGCAUCAUUCUCAUCUCCUACCUGUUCAUCAUCAGGGCCAUCUUACGGAUCCGCUCUGCGGGUGGGAGAGCCAAGACGUUCUCCACCUGUGCUUCGCACAUGACUGCAGUGGCGCUCUUCUUUGGGACCCUCAUCUUCAUGUACCUACGGGGUAACAUGGGCAAGUCACUGGGGGAGGAUAAGAUUGUGUCUGUGUUCUACACAGUGGCCAUCCCUAUGCUGAAUCCCCUUAUCUACAGCCUGCGGAAUAAGGAGGUGAAGGAGGCUCUGAAGAAAGUAUUCAACCGAGUGAAGAUCUCUCAAGCAGUGUGAGAUUCAAGUGCCCUCAGAUCAGGAAUCCUUCUUUAAACAUCCACCAGGCUUGGAAAAUGGUCCUUCAACACAAACUCUCCAUCUCAUGGUUUUAAUAAUAGCAGUGAUUUCUAAUCCUGCCCUGGACAUGCUUUGGCUAUGGAACCCCAUACUGAUCUCUUCGCCUCUAUCAGCCUCAGUUUCCUCAUCUUUGAAAUGAGGGGGCUGGCCUUGAUGGCCUUUGAGGUUCCUUCAAUUUCUAUGUCUAUGAUUCUUUGCUGAUAUGAAAGUUCAUAAAAGGUUUUACAUAAAUUAUCUUAACUUAUCCUUAUAACAACAACUCUAUUAGAUAGAUACAAUAUGUAUCAUGAAUCCCAUUUUACAGAUGGGGAAACUAAAACUAAUGACUGACAUUUAUAUAGUUCUUUGGGAUUUAUAAAGCUCUUAACAUUUAUUAUCUUGUUCUUUUGGUGGUCUGUUCCAGUGACUUUAUUGGUUUAGAGCAUUCAUGAAGAGGGAACUCCCUCUAUCAGUUGAGGUUGGAUCUUCUCUACCACUUUGACUAUUAGAGAGUUGUCUGGGGCAUGAAGAGAUUGAAGGACUUUUAUGGGGUCACACAGUCAGUAUGUAUCAAAGGUGGGAGCAGAACACAAGUGUAUUCAGACUUCCAGGGUGAUUGUACCAUUAUGCAACAUUAACUUCUACUAUUAUACUAUUCAGAGGCAACAGCUCUGUGAGAUAGUUACUAUAGGUAUUUUAAACCCAUUUUAUAGAUAAGGAAAUUGAGCUAGUAGGUGUUAGGAGUAAGAUUUGAACUCAGUGCUUUGCCAUCUAGGUAAAAUGAUCUUUCUUCUAUUGCACAUGGCCUCCAUGACUGUAUCACCUUCACUUUUCCAGGUUAGUUUCCCUCCAUGUUCCAUAUUUGAAAUCUAUUCACCUGUAUUCAUUUCUCAAAACCUUGUCAUUCUAU